AUGCUCGAGCACGAGGUGCCCAAGGUCAAUGGCAUUCCCAAUGCAAGGGACAGCAGUGGAGGGGCAGGCACAAAAGCCAAUGGUGUCUUCAGCGAGGAUGAUACGGUUGAGCACGUAGAUCUGGAGGAGGAGAAAGCUGCAGAAUCGAACACCACCCCUGAGAAAAAUGAGGAGCAAGAAGAAACCCCGGAGAAAGCCCCAAGCGUCGAGAAGAAGCCUGUUUUCAGUCCCCACACGCAGUUGCUCAAAACAGAGGCGGGCAUCAAUGGGAACAAGAUCAAAAGAAAGAGGGACAGCGCUGGGGACAUAGCGCAGAGCAUGGAUAAGUUUACUGAGGUGUAUGCAAGCAUGGGGAUGAACAUGUUGCAGCUCCAGAGAGACAUUGCAAAAGAUAAAGCAGAUCGGGACAUCAAGCUCGCAGAGCUGGAGAUGAAGUACAGGCAGCAGCAGUCUGGCAAUGGCAAUGCUUAA